GUCCUCAAUUAUAUUCAUCGCUUCUCCACGCAUUAAUGGCCUGGUUCGUCAGAAGAGCUAAACGGGUUUCGGAUCCAUUAGCCGAGAAAGUCCGCGCCCGAAUCCGAGGAGACGAUGGCACGCAGGAACACGACGACGCACCCGACCCCUCUUGCUUCUCCGGCCUCGUCCACGCGUUCCUAGACACAUACGACGCCGGGCCAGAGGAAAAUUCCUUCUCCGGCGACGACGACGACGAUGAAGACUCCGGUGAGGACGAGUCAUGCGUGGCGCACGUGGCGGGGAUGGUAUCGGAGCUGGUGAACUCGUCGGAUGGGCUCCGGCGGAGGGUGAUUUCCGAUGUGUGCGAUGCCGCUAAGGUGUUUGAUGGAAUGCCGCCGGCGUUGUAUAGGAGAGCGGUGGUGGGGAGGUUGAGGGAGUGGGGGUACAAUGCCGCGGUUUGCACGACGAGGUGGGAGAGCGCCGGCGGGCUCACGGCGGGGAGCUAUGAGUAUGUGGAUGUGGUGGUGGGGGAGAAGGUGAGGUACAUAGUGGAUCUGGAUUUUAAGGCGGAGUUUGAGAUUGCGAGGGCGACGGUGGAGUAUGAGAAGGUGGUGACGGAGUUGCCGAAGGUGAUGGUGGCGGAGCCGGAGGAGCUACGGCGAGUGGUGAGAGUGGUGGCGGAUGCGGCGAGGAGGUCGAUGAAAAGAAAUAGGUUGUAUGUGCCGCCGUGGAGGAAGGGGAGGUACUUUGUGGCGAAGUGGACGGGACCGUACAACCGGACGGUGAACGCCGGAGGUAUGACGGCGGCGGCGGCGGCGGUGGGGGUGGAAGAUGGGGUGGAGAUAAAGUGUAGGGCGGUGGGGUUUGGGGCGGGGGUUGUGAUUCCGGCGACGGCGAGGACUAGGUGA